AUGCGCUCUUUCGUUGCUACCUCUGUCCUCCUUGGGCUUGCCUCCGCUGCUGCUGUACCUGCUAUCGCGCCUCGUGGUGGAGACGGCUAUGGUCAUGGCCACGGGCACAAGAAGUUCAACGUGCAAGUAGGCGUCCGGCCGUACUAUCUUGUCGAUAACAUGGACGAUGGUCCGUUGAAGGAGAAGCUUGAGAGUUGUUCAGAGCAAGAAUUCAAGACCUCGGACUUCGUCUUCGCGCAUCGUGGAGCGCCACUUCAGUUCCCCGAGCAUACUCUCCAGAGCUACAAGGCCGCGCACCGUAUGGGUGCCGGCAUGAUCGAAUGCGAUGUUGCCUUUACCAAGGAUAAGCAACUCGUCUGCCGCCACGCCCAAUGCGACUUGCACACCACAACCAACAUCCUCAACACUACACUCGCCGACAAGUGCACCACCCCGUUUUCGCCCGCCACCAAUGGCACCGCUGCAUCGGCCAAGUGCUGCACCUCGGACAUCACACUGGAAGAGUUUGGUACCCUUUGCGGCAAGAUGGAUGGCUUUAACCCCAACGGCACCACAGUUGAGGAAUACAUGGACGGCACCCCCUACUUCCGCACCGAUCUUUACGCUCAAGACUGCCCCAAACUCAUGACAGUUGACGAAUACAUUCCUUUGGUGGACAGCUGGGGCCUAAAGUACACUCCCGAGCUCAAGACACCCGAGGUUGAAAUGCCUUUUAAUGGAUACACACAGGAGCAGUAUGCUCAAGACUUGGUUGACAAGUUUCGCGAGUACGGCAUCGAUCCAAGUCGCGUGUGGCUCCAGUCUUUCCUUCCUGACGACGUCUUCUACUGGAUUGAUAACGAGCCUGAAUUCGGAGUACAAGCUGUGUAUCUCGACGAACGCGUUGAUACUCCUGAAGGUUACGCCAACGCUACGGCUAGCAUUCCUGAACUUGCUGCUCGCGGUGUUAAGAUUAUGGCCCCUGCUAUGUUCGCUCUUACCAAGGUGAAUGAUGCGGGUAAGAUCGUCCCAUCGGAAUAUGCCAUCGCUUGCCAAGAGCAUGGUCUGGACAUGGUCGCAUGGUCGUUCGAGCGCUCUGGAUGGCUGCAAAUUGAGGGCGGUGGAUAUUACUACCAGUACGUCGCCAACAUUACGAACAAUGAUGGCGAUAUGUACACAGUACUUGAUGUGCUUGCUCAGGAUGUAAAGAUCUUGGGGAUGUUCUCGGACUGGCCAGCCACAGUCACUUACUAUGCCAAUUGCUUCGGGUUAUAG